AUGGACCACAUGGGCUUCCAAAUGCCCGGCUCCGGCCCGCCAUUGAUGAACCAGCCGCCCCAAAUCUUUGGUUCCUACGCCCAGGACGGCAUGCCCAACAUGGCGCACAUCCCCGACAUGACGGCUCACAUGUUUUCUGAUGCCCAGCUGCUCAUGGAGGACACCAAUGACGCAAAGAGACGCCGCAUUUCUAGGGCAAGUUUCUCUUCAAACUCUGCUGCAGCCACAGCCCAGACAUUACAUACAGCCCGUCGUAGACUAACAACUUGCGCCGAUCAAACAGGCCUGCGAUAUGUGCCGCAAGAAGAAGAUCAAGUGCGACGGCAAGCUCCCCGCUUGCACAAACUGCACCACAUACAAGACCGACUGCGCCUUUACCCAGGUCGAGAAGAAGCGCAGCCCCCCAAAAGGGUAACCCCCGCACCAAGAACGUCCUUUUUGUGCCAAUUCGAAGCUGACCAGCUCGCUACCUCUAGUGCCAAAUAUAUCGAAGGUCUCGAGAACCGCCUCGGCCGCAUGGAGCAGCUGCUCCGCUUGUCAGGCGUCUUGAAUGAUGACGACCCAGACACCGAUCUGGGCGCCCUCGAAAAGAAGCUGCAAGAAAAGUCGAGACAAGCCUCCCUCGCCAUCGGCUCAAAUAGCCCGCCCGUCUCCCCUUUACAAGCCGACAACUGUACUCCCCGGAGCUCAAUGACUUCGCCCGGCAAAGAAUCUGCAGAUAAGCGCAAGUCUGGUCUGUCCGCGGAAGACAGGAGAGCGAAAGAUAGUGACGACGAAGGCCAUGAGGAAGUCGAGGCCCUCUCGGAAAUGAUGUGCUCGCUCGUUACCAACCAGAGCGGAGAGACUCGCUAUAUUGGAUCGUCCUCUGGCUUUUCCAUCUUUUCACCCAAGGGCAUCCAAUGGGUUAACACGAGAACCGGUGACGACUCCUUCCAGGAAAUGAUUUCCGAAGUCUCUGUUGACGACCACAAGUGGACAAACUGGAAGCCCGAAGUCUUUGGCGACUUGUUCCAGCGCCCCAUCUUCAGACCCCUUCCACCCAAGCAGGAGGCCCUCUCGCUGCUCACCGACUACUUUGAAAACUUCAACUGCAUGUUUCCUCUCUUCCACCAACCCACCUUUAUGCACCUCGUUGAGCGCCAGUACUCAUCCAAUCCUUAUCAGGGAUCUGGAUGGUGGGCUAGUUUGAACUGUGCGCUGGCCAUUGCCCAUCGCCUUCGCGUCAUGAGCAACCUUGUGCCACAAGAAGAGGACGAAAAGGCGUGGGCCUAUUUAAAGAACGCCAUGGGCGUCUUCGCCGAAUUAACCAUGCGCAACGCAGAUCUUCUCUCCGUCCAAGCUCUUCUCGGCAUGGCUCUCUUCAUGCAGGGCACUCCCAACCCACAGCCUUCGUUUUUGCUCAUUGCCGCCGCUAUCCGCCUCUCCCACAGCAUAGGUCUGCACAAACGUGGCUCCGGAUUCAACCUCAACCCCAUUGAAAUAGAGCAACGGAAGCGAGUCUUUUGGAUUGCCUACAUGCUUGAUAAGGACCUCUGUCUGCGAUCUGGCCGACCGCCUGCCCAAGAUGACGACGACAUAAAUGUCGAGUUGCCGGAUGCCAACCCGGAUGACAACAUCGGAAACAUUCCCCUGGCUGAUGGAAAGGGAAAGAUGAAUCUUUUCCGCGUCAUGUGCGAAUUUGCCGUCAUCGAAAGUAGUGUGUACAAAAGACUUUACUCGAUAAAGGCGACCAAGCAGUCUGACGGUGAGCUCCUCAACACAAUUGGUGAGCUCGACCAGCAGCUCGAAGACUGGAAGGAUCGCAUUCCGAUCGAGUUCCGCCCAGAGCACGAGAUCAAAGCAUCUCACACACCUUUGAUCUUGCAUGUUGUUAUGCUGCAUUUUACAUACUACAACUGUCUCACCACUAUCCACCGCAUGUCGGUUCAUCACGGCUACUGGACGAGCCGCCUGGCCAAUUACGCAAUCCAAGGCCUCAACGCACGGCCAUUGAACCCUCGUGUGUUUUCUUCUGCUGCUCUGUCCACAGCUGCUGCGCGAGCGUCCAUCUCUCUCCUGAAAUACGUUCCCCAAGGCGACUUUGCAUGUGUCUGGCUGAUUUUGUACUUUCCCGUUUCCGCUCUGGUAACACUUUUCGGAAACAUUCUUCAGAACCCGCUUGAUGUACGCGCCAAAAACGAUACGCGACUCAUGGACUUGGUCGUCACAUUCCUUUCCAUGCUGGGCCAAGAGGCAGAACAAGGUGGUGUCCAUCGCAUGCUCGGCGUAUGUUCCGAGUUUGUGCGCAUCGCCAAGCUCGUCGUUGACAAGGCCGAAAAUGAUCAGUCUUUCCGGCGGAAGCGCCGCACGGACGGCAAGGUAAAAAGCUCCAAAAAUCUCGACACCUCCGAAGUGCCCAUCCCUACGACUAUUGAAGAGCUGUCACCGCCGGUCCGCACCCACCGCUCGUCGUCCUGGGGCCCUGUCGCGGCGACGUCGCCAUCCGAGGACCACAAGUCACCGAGCAACGGUAACCCAAACCAGGAUACGCAGCCGCAAGCGCAUCAACAGUACCAGCACCAGCAGCAACAGCAGCAACAACAACAGCAGCAGCAGCAGCACCAGCAGCACCAGCAGCACCAGCACCAGCAGCAACAACAACAGCACCAGCAACAGCAACAGCAACAGCAGCAACUUUCGGAAAACGGCGACUUUGACUCGUUCGACGCAAUGAGCGGCUUCCUCAGUGACCCGUCGGCCAUGUCUCUGGAUGCAACGUUUCAUCAGCCGCUUCUGCCGCAGGACCUUUUUGCGCUACCCAUGACGCUGGACUGGAACUGGGCGGAGAUGAGUGGGGGCGCAUACCCGUCCGUUGAGAAUGGCAACUUUGGUGAUAUGCCGCCUCAGUAA